CGCACAUUUGUGCAAAGUUCUAUGUCGAAAACAGACAGACAGUCCUGACGUGUUUCCGUUUGUGUGGUUGAAGGCUUUGCGUUCUGAUGUUGAUAAUAAUAACACUGAAGUGUAGGAUAAGUAGCUAACUUUAGUAUUUAUUCUCAGUUUUAGACUAACUGAUUUUCUUAUGCCUUUUAUAUUCUGUCACAGGAAUCUGUCGCAAAGAAAAUGAAAUCUCCAAUCGAAAUUCCUUAUGUUCAUUCAAAGCGUGACCAAUUAGAUCAAAGAGCAAUUUAUGGUUUUAUCAUAUAUCUCGCAUGUUUUCCUGCAUUUCUAUUGUAUGUAAUCUGGGCAUAUAUACCUCAUGAAUGGUUGAAUUCUAUUGGAAUAACUUACUUACCUAACAAGCACUGGGCAGUCACUGCACCAAUGUCAGCGCUGGUUAUAUCUAUAAUCGGACUUAUUGCUUAUUCAUGGAAUAAUCGAUCGCUUAUGCAACCACUGACAUCCAUUUAUCAAAUUCGAGAUAAACAUUCAAUGUGUCAUGUAAAUGACAUGGUGGAUAAACAAGACUUGAAGCAAUCGGACGUGUUCCAGUCAACGACUAUUUAUACACUGGGAAAGCCAAUAAUUCCUCAAUUACAUGAUUUAGAUUAUAAAUUGGUUACAAAUCAACUAUACCUCAAACAGCAUAGUGAUUAUUUCACAGACUAA